ACUCACCACACCUACCCUUCUCUCUGUUCCAGUCUAAGCUGUUCAGUUAUGUCACCUGUCAAGAUGAGCAGAACAAACACAGUCUGAGCUACACAGGGCAGACUCCUGGCAAAGAAACAACGCAAAGAUAGAUCAGAAAUCAGCAUUGAUAUUGAGCAGCCUAGUCAACAUGGGGUCUGUGCAGAGCAAGGAUAAGUGGCACUGUACCAGAUACAUUAAUGGACAGGGACCACCAUCCCUUAAAGACCAAGCUGAACAGGGUCUGAAUAAGAGUUCUGAGAGGACUCAGCCAGCUGGACAAAUGACAUGGGUCAUCUUACACAGGGACCUCCCUGGUUACCCUGAGGAUAACACCAUACAAAUCAACUAUGUGAUCGGAGAUGGAAUCCAGUCGGAUAAGCAUCCCAACCCAGGUCAGACAUUUAGGGGUGUCAGGAUAUUGGCCUAUCUACCUGACAACAAAGAGGGGAGAAAGGUGCUUAGAUUGCUGGACAAAGCCUUUAACCAGAGACUGGUCUUCAAAGUGGUGACUAAUGACAUUGGAGAAGAUGUGGCUACUUUGACAGAUAUCCCCCAUAAAACUCAACCGGAUGGAGGAAGCAAGAGUGACAGCUAUCCAGAUCCUGACUACCUAAAAACAACCAGGAGGAUACUGAAAGAAAAAGGCAUAGAGUGAGAAGAGAAGAAAAAGAAGAAAAGACACAAAUACAGUUAGGCACAGACAGACAGCCAGACAAGGAAGAAAUACAACCAAAAACAAAACAUGCAGAAAGAAACCAAACACAGACAUACAUUGUCUUAGGUGCUAAAUUGUCAGUUUCAGGUAAAGCUAUAGAAGCUAGUUAACACUUCAGUAGACUUAUUAAUCAAUAUGUUAUAUAAGUCUUUUUUGUGAAUUCAUGUUUAUAUUUUAAAAGUGUGGUGUGUACAUUAUGUUUAACAAGUAUUAACAACAUGUUGCACGUACAGUACUGUGUUUUCUGCUGCACCAAUUUACUUGUACUUUACUGCAAUGUAUAAAGAAUGUAAAUAAGCUGAAACAGCUGGACACAUGAGUCUUCAAAUAAUAUAAAUCAGCAAUAUCCCAAUAGGCAACAUUAUCAGUGUCAGAGAAUCAAAUUGAUGUGAGAUUUUUUUUUCACUAAAACUUACAAAAACAAUGUUUGUUUUUUUUAGUUUGUC